UACACAUUCUGUGUUUAGCGAGUGAAGUUGUCGCUUCCGUUUGCUUUGUGUGAUUUUGCAGUUUUUAAUAUACUUGUCAUAAAUCGCUAUUUUUGUUUUGUGCAAUUAUAUUUUUGCCAUUAAAGCUUAGAAUUUGAAGAAAUAUGGAACGACUUCUACGUUUAGGGGGUGGUUUUCACUCAGUAAAUCCUCCUCCAGACCCUCCAGUUGUUGAUACAGCUGAACAAGUUUAUAUAUCUUCGUUGGCUUUAUUAAAAAUGUUGAAACAUGGUAGAGCUGGUGUUCCUAUGGAAGUUAUGGGUCUUAUGUUAGGUGAAUUUGUUGAUGACUACACUGUGAGAGUAAUCGACGUAUUUGCCAUGCCCCAAACUGGUACUGGUGUAUCUGUUGAAGCUGUAGAUCCAGUUUUUCAGGCAAAAAUGUUGGAUAUGUUAAAACAAACUGGUCGCCCAGAAAUGGUUGUUGGGUGGUACCAUUCACAUCCUGGUUUUGGGUGCUGGCUUUCGGGUGUGGAUAUCAAUACCCAACAAUCCUUUGAGGCCCUCUCGGAAAGAGCAGUUGCUGUUGUUGUAGAUCCUAUACAAUCAGUGAAAGGCAAAGUGGUUAUUGAUGCCUUUAGAUUGAUUCAGCCAAAUCUCAUGGUUUUAGGACAAGAGCCUCGACAAACAACAUCUAAUUUGGGGCAUUUACAAAAACCUUCAGUUCAAGCAUUGAUACAUGGGCUGAACCGACAUUAUUAUUCAGUCAGCAUUAAUUACCGAAAGAAUGAAUUAGAGCAAAAGAUGCUCUUGAAUCUCCAUAAGAAAUCAUGGAUGGAUGGUCUCACUCUAGCUGACUAUAAAGAACAUUGUAGUAUAAAUGAAAAUAUAGUUUCAGACAUGUUGGAAUUAGCUAAAAAUUAUAAUAAAGCAUUAGAAGAUGAAGAGAAAAUGACUCCAGAGCAACUAGCUAUUAAGAAUGUUGGAAAACAAGAUCCCAAGAGGCAUUUGGAAGAAAAAGUUGAUGUUUUAAUGACGAACAAUAUUGUGCAAUGUUUGGGUGCUAUGCUUGAUACAGUUGUUUUUAAAUAAGACUCCAUAAAGCAUUUUUGUCAUAAACUUGUCUUUUAAUUUAUAUUUUAAUACUUUGAAUUUCUAAUUACUUUAUCUUAUAUUUCAAAUUUGCAUAUUUUCUAAGUUAAUUCUAUUUUGUAAUAAUUGUG